UCGCGAAAUUGGUUGCCCCCCGAAAUGUGAGGGCCGAUUUUCCAGGUAAAAAUAACAAGGCAAAGUAACCCACGCAACCUACUUCGUGACCUGCUGUGACAGAAAAUGUAUAUAAUCCUACCAUCUCACACUCACGCUCGCACUCCUUACUCGCUCUGUCAGCUCAGUGCUUUCAAGCAACCUUCUGGUUUACUUCACUUUACUGUAUUUUCUCUGCCGUCUUUACCUUUCACUCUUUACUCAUAUCUUACUAUUAUGUAUUCGAAGGACCUGCGUAUCGCUAGCCAAGUCCGACUCUUAGAUCAGUGUAGGGCCCAGCUCAUCCAGAACUAUCCUCUAGUCAACACGGCCAGAGGAUCGGGUUGUUAUAGGCGAUAUCUGCAGAUCCAAAGGAAUAUACGCUUCUUGGAAUAUCGAGCACAACGUCGAGCACAAUCUCCUCCCAGCCUGAACGCCAUAAUUUGACCUCACAAACUGCCACCUUUUGCAAUACACGCUAUCUUCUGCAGCGACAUGGCCAAUCUACCCCCAAAACUCGCUCGACGCCACGCCCAACGCGUAGGGCUUCACAAUGGCCGAGGUGGAGUUCCUUCUGCAGUGCUAGCAAACAUGGAGGAACAACGGCGACUCCAUGAACCGCGACUUCAAAAGAAAAAGAUACAUCGCCGCAAGCAAUUAGCAUCUCCACAUGCUGGCGAUGAGCUGCGCCCAGAUUCUGGCUACAACUCCCAGUCUGAAAGUGAAUCUGAUUCCGCUGAAGCCGUGUCCUACCGGCAAAAGAUAGCAGAUUUUAGUAAAGCAGGUGUCAAUCUAUCAAAUCACGGCGACGAUACGAAGGUUAUGAUAGCGAGGGCAGAGGAAUUUUGGGCUCUGUUUUGGGCGAAGUUAAAGGCCGAGAAAGAAGCCGCUCCUGAGGGUGAAGAUCUCGAUUUCGUACUUGGCGAGAAUCCAUCAGAGGCCCUUACUGAGGGCAAAGCACCCAUUUUCAAGGCAUACCUCUGCUGGAGAUAUGAAAACUCACGCAUAACGAAAGAAUCCUCCAUUGUGACGUACUGGAAGACCCUCAGCAUGUUAUAUGCACAAGUAGCGAAGAGAUAUAUGACUGACGACAUUUUAUUUGAUAUUCGUAACUGGAUCCCACAAUAUCUCGAACUUGAUACGUCCGAAAAGGAGAAGUACGCGCUGUUUGUUGAUGAUCUAUGUAAUCUACAACAUGGCAACUGGGUAGAUGAUACAGAGUUAUAUCCCCAUGAACGACUCCGGGUACAAGAAACGUUACUAAUGGAUUUUGGUGGCUGCACAAGCUCGAGGCCAAAGGCUCUUGUUGGGAAGCGUCCUCUGCUCUAUUCAGAUAUCACAUUCCAACUAUUCCCUUCUACGGUUAAAGGGAAACGGCCAAUAAUCGUCAUGACUUUAAACCUCAAGCAUAUUAAAAGGUCUGGAGGGAAGUCUAAGAAGAAGAAGUUUACAUUCUAUGAAGGGGAAGACCUAUCAUGUUGCGCAGUCAGCUUUAUGCUAGCACUUGCUCUUGCUGAUAACGCGUUCAAAAACAAAUUCAAAUCUCUACGGGAUAUCUACAAUCUAGUCGUCCCUCCAGACGCUGACCGCAUUACUCUUGAAUGGGACGACGAAUGGGCAGAACGACCUGUCUUCCGCGACGUCAAGGUCACUGCUAAUGGAGUCCGUAUUUCUAAGAGCAAACCUUUCCAGUAUGCGAAGUAUCGAUAUUACUUUGUUCGCCUUGGUCGAGUGAUGGGAUAUGAGAAGGCGCUCGAGCUCUAUGGCCUGCGGCGAGGUUCGGGGAAGGAACUGAAUGAUGCACUGACCCCUGAAGAACGCAGACAUAUUAUGGGCAAUAGUGGGGAUGUUUACGAGCGGUACUACAUGCCAGACUUCGUCGACAAAGACUGCCAAGGCAUCUAUCUAGGCACACCACGACGAGACGAUCUCAUACGAAGAGUCGGCCGGCUAGCUCGUCAUGGGAGAUGCCCUUCGUGCCUUACAGAUGAGCAGAAGCUUGAGAUUAAAAAUCAUCCAGACAUCGUCAAGGCAUCUGCUUUACGUAACACAUAUGGCCACGAGAUCAAGCUGAAGGGCUACACCACGAUCAAGGCGGCUCAAGGAACGAAGUUGUUCGAGCAACAUAAAGAGGCGCAAGCUAAUAUAAACAAUUUAAGACGCCAAUUAAGCGACGAAUUACUCAAGAAGACUAUCAAAGAAUUUCAUAUAAACGUCCACACUGAGGAGGUUAAUCGACAAAUGCAGGGUAUCUUCCCUGCUAAUGCUCUCACCGCCCCUCCAAAGAAGUACGAACUCAAAGAGCGAGCUGCAAUUGUCAAAAUGCUAGGCAUGCCACUCAAUGAUUUAGAUGAGGAUCAGGUCAUUGAAGUGCGGAUUGCUUUCGUUGAUAACCUGGCACUGAUCUGCAACAGACAAGAAUGCCCUCGCAAGUAUAAGGGGCCGAAGUUGGAGAAGCAACAGCCGGUACAUCUCUCUGAUGUCCAGAAGCUGUAUAAAAACGAGACGAUUGUGAGUGUUCAGCAGAUCCAAGGGCCAGAUUUGACAUGUGAUCUCUGUAAGUCGGACGAGGAGGCUGGACCAGCAAAGAAGGACAAGAUUUUUAAACGCAUUGAUAUCCUCCGUAAGCACGUACGAACACAGCAUCUUAACUUAGUGGCUUCAGAUGCAAAAAUUCAUUGCCGUCGCGACGGAUGUAGCGAAGUUUUAACUGGUCGAAUCAGUUAUUUAAAUCACACACACCACCGACACGGUCUAUAUCUUUAA